AUGGCAUCCAGAGCGGCUCGCUGGCUGGGGGCUCUUCGGAGGGGACUGAGCUUGAAGAAAGAUGGAGCGAUCUCAGUCGGACGGGGUGGCUCAGGUCAGAGCCUGGUACCGUCGAGGUCAGGCACCCAUACUCGCACCGGCGCCAUUUUGCCCAAACCGGUGAGAACGCCCUUCGGCCUCCUCCGUGUGUUCUCCAUUGUGAUCCCCUUUCUCUUUGUGGGGAUGCUCAUCAGCAAGAACUUCGCUGCUCUACUUGAGCAGCAUGACAUUUUUGCCCCAGAGGACGAUGAUGAUGACUAA